AUGAGCAAGGGUAAAAAUCGGUCAUCCAAGAAAGGCGCAGCUGCCAAGCGUCCAGCUAUUUCAAAGAAGCCGACACAGGUGCAAGCUCGUGCUCCCGUCUCUCAGCGUCCUGAGGAACGUGCGAGUCUCGAGCUGUUCGGUACCAGUCUUGCUGUGCUGGUGCUAGCCCUUCUGCUAAGCGGCGAUCCCACGCGUGGUACUUCGAUGCAGGCCUGGGAGCAUGCACGUAUGGCGCUGGCUGGAUGGCGUGUCCAGCUCCCAGUCUCCGCGAAGACCUGGACAGCCUGGACGCACGCGAUACAUCGUUUCACGUCGGCGUGCUUCUUCUUGUCAGGCGCGCGCAACAGCACAGUGUCAGGCGCCCUUUGGGAACGCUUCUCGAUGCUGUGGUCCUCCGAUUCGCGCAAGUAUGAGCGCAGCCCUUACGAUAUCUGCUUCGCGGUGACGUGGGGCCUUGUGCUGCUCGUCGUUCGCGCGGUCCUAAUGCGCGUGGUGCUCCUGCCGUCUGCGCGGGCUCUGGUCCGACGACCCGAUAGUCCGCAGGGUGAUGCGAAGAGCAUCAGACGCUUCGAUCGCAAGGUGCAUCGUUUCGCCGAGCAGGGCUGGAUCCUGAUUCUGUACGCCACGUCACUGGCACUGGUGUUGGCCGUCUCGCGCCGGCAGCCAUUCUGGCCCUGGAGGCCCGAGCAUCUAUGGCUGGAUUACCCGCGCACGACGAUGGACGCGCUGACCAAGGCGGUGUACCUGUGGGAGGCGUCGAACUAUAUUCACCAAGUCUUUGUGAUCAACCUGGAAGAACGUCGCUCGGACUUCUGGCAGAUGCUCACGCACCAUGCUGUCACACUCGUCCUCAUUAGUGGCUCGUACAUGUGUUGCUUCUACCCCGUCGGUAUCGUCGUGCUCCUGCUCAUGGACCCGGCUGAUGUGUGCCUGAGCGCGGCCAAAAUGCUCAAGUACAUGGGCUGGCAGACCCUGUGCGAUAUUAUGUUUGGCAUCUUCAUGAUUGUCUGGACCAUCACGCGUCACAUCGCGUACGCCUUCGUUUGGUGGUCGUGCUACAAGGAUGCACCUGCGCUUAUCCGCUUCUCGGACCGACUCAACCUGGCAUCAGGUCAUGCCCUGACACCCACUAGCUAUGUCGUCUUCCUGGUGCUCCUCGCGAUCCUUCAAGCUAUUUUGCUCGUCUGGUUUAGUAUGAUUGUUAAUGUGGCAGUGCGUGUCCUCACACAAAAGGGAGCCACCGAUUCGCGUAGCGACGACUCGGACGAGUAG